GGAUCAUAUACUACAACUCCUAAAUCGCAACUAACAUGUGGAUCUGCCGCACAAAUGUCAUCUGCCGAUGCCGUCAUCACUACGACCUCAACAAUUGCUGGAAUUUUAUUCAUUUUUAUUUUUAUAAUUUUCAUCUGCACAUGUCGCAGGAAACAGAAGAAGAAAAAGCGUUUUUUGAAGAAACAUGGACCCGAUUCACAGUCUAUAGAAGGAAAAGGAUUCUUUACAAAAACAAUGUGGAUACCCUUCUGGAAACAAAGAGGACAUACCUUCUUUCAAUACAAGACGGCACCAGAAAUACCGAUUUCAGAUCCACGUAGUCAUAGGUACCAAACACGUAGAGAAACGGUGCAAUAUGCGCCAUCAGCUUCAGGGGACUCAAGAAUGUACACAAACAGAGCAUAUGAAGAAGAUUACGUCACCGAUGCACAUGCAUUUCGUAAUUUAGGGGCAAGGCAAAGUAGUAUUAUCUAUGAUAAUGCGAGAAACAGUCGCACAUUUGGAAGUGAGUUCAUUGGAAAAACAAAUGAGGAAAUGCGGAACAAUUCUGUUUAUUCAUCUGUUUAUUCCUCACAUUCAGAAAAGAGACAGUACAAUUCUUGGAGUCACGAAGAUCAUAGAAAAAAUGGCAAAAUGCAUUCUAAUGCUGAAGAGAGGGUGACUGAAAAAACCGUGUGGGUUCCGGCAGAGACGGAAGAUGUUGCUGUUUACCAGGCAGUGGAGAAACAAAGAAAGGACAAAACGGAAGUAAAUAUGUCCAAACAAAAAACCGAGGGGAAUAAAUACGAAAGCGCCCAGAACACUAAUAUGGCUUCAAAUAUUAAUGGCAAUCAAAGUACACAUUUGUCAGCACAUAUGUUAGAAACAAACGGUGAGUUGUGCCCAUAUUGUAUUCAUGCUCACACAGAAGGCAGAAAAUUGGUCCAUCGUGUGUCUAACAGAAAAGGAAAUUCAGUAGAUAACAGCUCUCAGACAGAUUUUGCAUACGAAAUCAGGUCAUCAGUCAGCACAGAAGAAACAAAUAUUAACUUGAAAGACGUUGAUCAAUAUACUUAUGCUUCUAUUCAAAAAGGCGAUAAUAAAUCUUUAACUAAAACGACCCUCUCACAGCCUCUGCUCAAGACAACCAGAAUUCAAUAUGACGGAGUUGGUGUAAGCCGAAAGCUAGUUAAAACGUCGGAAUCUGAUAACGAUGAGAGAGUCAUCAUAGGGGAUAAACGGAAAGUUUGGCCCUCAUUAGAGGUUGGAAAAAGAAUUCAAUCAGAAACAAAACAAAGCGUAUUUGGUGAUGGUUCCAGUGGUAUGGUUUCAACGGGUUCGGAAAUGCAUCAAGCUGAUGAAAGAACGUCUCAAGUCAUUUUGCUAAAACGGAUGCAGAGUAACUCAAAUUACGGAACGCAAGGUUUUGGAGCUAGUACAGUUAGCCCAGGCGAGUCUGAUGGAGAUCACAAAAUAAAAAUAAUCCAUGGUGAAGACAAAUCAAGCAUAUCUGACAUAAAAGUUGGUGAAACGACAUUGGGAAAUCAACAGGGAAGUGGAGCAACUUCAACUGGAAUGUUAGAGAAAGAACAAAGUCUUUUUAAGAAUACCCUUGAAAACAACGGAGAAAAGAUUGAAAAUGAAGAAUCAACUUUAAAGACUUUCAAGAAAAGCAUUGACGGACAUGUGUCAUCUGUCCAACUUCCAAAAACGGGACAGCGGAGUCUAAUUUUUAUCAAAGCUAGCUCCGACUCAUCUUUCAUGAAUGCCAACAAUGACACAAAAAUGAGCAGAGUACAAGACGAUAACAAAGAAGUCUCCAUAAACGUUUCUGUCUUAAGGAAGGCAGAAUCAGAAACUGGAGCCAUAAACGAGGAAGAGCAAUUGAAAAGAAGAGGAGCUGAAGUUCAAGAGCAGACUUUAUGGUUUCAUGGCGACAGUGAUGAGGAUAAUGAUCAAUCAGACUCGACUUCGUCUGCGAUGCUGGAGAAAACAACAAAUCUCACAGAAUAUGACAAGACGGGCUCAAGGGAUCAGAAAGACGAGCAAUACGAAAUAAUUACUUCUUGGCUUCCGUUCGAACAAGGUCAAGAAGGACGUAAAACUGUAUAUCAAUUAUCAGAAGAGAGAAAGGAAGAAGUUGAAGAUUCAGAAUCGUUCGGUUUUCGACAAGAGGGGAUUCAAAGGAGCUAUAUAGUAACAAGUGAAGACAGAAAAAUUCACUCGCCUGGACAUAACCAGUACACAGAAAUAUACAAACGUGAAGUAGUCCCCUUCAGGUACAAUACUAAAGGGAAGGCAGAAUAUAUGGGGGAGGAAAUCAACGUGACAUCAACACAAUCCUUUCAAGAAAUGAAUAUUCGUACAAAAGGAAAUGCAGAUGAGAAGAAUAUUGUUCAUACUUCACUAUCUACGGACAAGUCACCCCAUUCCGAAGGAUCUGGACAAGGCCACAGCUAUUCCUUAAAAAUGGAAAGAAAAAUUGAAAUUGGCGAACCAAAUGACGCGCGGCCCCAUAUAUACCAUGUAGAAUCCAGUGAGAGACUUUAAUCGCCAUCUUAUUACACCAAUUUAAUUAAUAGUAUGUUUAAGAAUUUAUCUGUUGAUGACUUAACGAUGCAAUGAAUGACUAAUCUAGCUGAAAUUCUUGCUUCGACAUUUUUUACAUAAAAGUAAUAAACAAUGUAGUAUAUAUAUUUCCUGUAUAUUUUAUAAUCA